CUGCUUCUGUUUCUAUAGCAACUUGGGCGCUAUGAAGUGGAUUGAAAGUAGGCUACAAGUGUCAGAUACUACUAGCUAAAUUAACAUUAAUGUUAACGUUCGUAAUUCACGUUCGACUCUUUGAGUCUGUUUAUUAUUUUACAUUUCCCAUUGUUUGCUAGCUAAUUAUCAUUCCUAAUGUAACUCGUUAAGGAGUUUGCUUGCAUUCGUCGCAACAGAAUCCACAAUGUUCAUUUUUGCUGAUAUAGCACUAGACUAGGUUGUUUUGCGGCUAGCUAGUUAGCUGCAUUGUUACCAGUUACCCAGGUUGUCAAAUGGCAAGAACUAGCUAGCAAGCCAGAUAUUUUGUAAUUGUACCUGUUGAUUUGUCUUUUUUUUUCACUCGUGUUGUACACCCCCUUUCAUAUAUCUAUCACGUCGUUAUUUUCGUUUUUUUAUUUCUUAUUUUGCACACCUCUACAACGUUCAGUAAUUUUAGCCACAACUAAAAGAGAAUGGAUGACGAUAAGUUAAUCGAAGAAGACAUUUCUCAGGAGUUGAGCAAACUUAAUGAAAGCAACGUCGACUCUGAAUCUGAAACCUCUUCUGAAGCUGAAGACCUUUCUGAUGGCGGCCAGGUUAUUCAUGAGAUACCCGAGUCAGUGCUUUCAUGUUUUCAACUGGAGAGAGACAGAUUGAAUUCCAUUGAACGCCUGCUUAUGGAAGAACCUGAGGAAAAAAGUACCGUCAAAGAUGGCAUACGUGGAGUGACUCCAAAUAAUUGUGAGGACUUUUUAAAGGAGCUGGCUUCUGAGUGUGGGGAAGAUCUCAUCACAUUAAAAAAACGAGUCAUAUCUGAAAUUGAAGAAGAGGAAUCAAAGUCUGUUCUCUGCACAGAAGAUGCACAGACUGCAUCCAAAGGAAAUACAACUGAGCUUGUACCAGACAAUGAUGAAGAUUCUGAUGAAUACUUAGAAACUGAGCGGCAGUUCAGGACUGAACUGAUGAAUUUGGAGAGAAGACUGAAAACAGAGGAGGAAGAAAGGUUGGCAGAGCACAAAGUGACGAAGGAGCGUCUUCAGAAAGCACGUAAAGAAGAGGAGGAGAGGAGGAUGCGUAGGCACAGAUUCUUUGAAGAAGAGCUUAAAAGAAUAGAAUAUGAUAACAUGGUUCAUCAGCACCUCGAACUGGGUUCCAAAGACGGCAAAAUAAAUGGUAGAAUAUCAAAGGAAUUAUCAAAACAGCAGGAGCUGAUUACGGGCCUGCAGAAGCACGUGGUGGAGGAGAGGCAAGCCUUCGAAGAAGUGCAGGCUGAACAGAGCAAAAAAAUCGAGGAGAAACAGUGCAGAGCUGCCACUAAAAUCCAGGCCAGCGUCCGAGCAUUCCUGGUACGCACCAAGAAUGCCAUGGCGCUGAGUGAAAAGAGGGAGGAGAGGAGGCUGAAGAAAGAGGUUCAGCUGCGACUGGAGCAGGAGAGAAAAGAGAAGGAGGAAAAAAUCAGGAAAAAACUAGAGGAACUGAAGAUCAGACGGGAGGAAGAAGAGAGGAGAAAGGAGGAAGAGAGGAUUAGAUGGAAGGAAGAGAAGAAGAGACGAGAGGAAGAGAGGAUCAGACAGAAGGAAGAAAAGAAAAGACAAGAAGAAGACAGGAUCAGACUGGAGGAAAAGAAGAGAAGAGAGGAGGAAGCAAGGAUCAGACUAGAGGAAGCGAAGAGAAGAGAGGAGGAAGCAAGGAUCAGACUAGAGGAAGAGAAGAGAAGAGAGGAGGAAGCAAGGAUCAGACUGGAGGAAGAGAAGAGAAGAGAGGAGGAAGCAAGGAUCAGACUAGAGGAAGAGAAGAGAAGAAAGGAGGAAGCAAGGAUCAGACUGGAGGAAGAGAAGAGAAGAGAGGAGGAAGCAAGGAUCAGACUGGAGGAAGAGAAGAGAAGGGAGGAGGAAGAGAGGAGAAAAAAAGAGGAAGAAGAUCAGCAGAAGAGGGAGCGCAUACAGAAACAGGAGGAAGAGGCCAGGAAGAGGAAGGAGGAAGAAAUUCGGAAGCAGGAAAAACUGGAGAGGCAGCAAAGGAUAGAGGAGGAAGAGCGUCAGCAAAGGGAGAUAGAAGAGAGGAAAGCAGAGGAACUUCGAAAACAAGAGGAGGAAGAGCGAGAAAGGAGCAGUAUGGAGGAGAGUCAAGAGGAAGAAGAGAUCCUGAUCCCUGGAGAGAAAGAAAAUCCAUACUGUUUAUCUGCUGAAAGUGAAAAAGAGAUGUUUCACGCUUCCAACUCAAUGUCAUCCUCCGAAGGACUGGAACGAGGCAGAAAGCGCCCGGAGAGCGGCGACACGGUUUCCGAGGCGAACCAAUCGGAAGAAGAGCAGUGCCACUGGCGCCUGAAAUGCUUUUACCGAGCCAGCCGGUCCUCAGUCAGCUCCAGCCCCGAUGAGAUGCGCGCGUCCGUCAGCAGCGGAGAUGCCGCGGAGGCAGGCCAGCAGCAGCGUGAGGGUCCGCCGUUCCUCGGUCCGGACAAAGCUGGGGCGGAGGACUCUGAGCGGCUGGUCUCCUCCGCCUCCACCCCUCUGUCCGACGGUGCGGAGCAGAAGUGUGUGGAGUGGGUGAAGGACUUCACUCCCUGGGCCAAGCCCUCCCCCCAGACUAAGAGGAGGCCGGUGCUAAAGACCGCGAUUGUGAGGAGGGGCUCGGCAAAAUCUUUGCCGCCUCCGGCUGCGGACUCCGCUUCCUGGAACUCCCACAGUGAGGAACUGAAUGCUGGACAGCUGGAGCAUACAGAGGAGGGCUCAGCAGAGGCUGGACAGAGAGGACUGGCUGAGCACACAGAGACCAGGGACAGCAACCCAGCCUUCCUUGUGUGCAAGAAGAGCACCGCCGCACAGGAUGACAGGAGAGACGAGUGGAGGAAGACCAUGGAGCAGCAGACGGAGCAAGAGAGGGAGGAGAAAGAGGAGAGGGCCCGGAAGAAAGCGUCGGAACAGAGGAGGAGAAAAGAGGAAGAGGAGCGGGAAAGAUGUGCUGCCGAGGAGGAAGAGCGGCAGCGCUUGGAGACGGAGCGUAGGAGGGAGGAAGAGGAGGGAAGGCGGCAGAGGGAGUCGGAGGAGAGGGAAGCGAAAGAGCUCGGAGAGCAAGGAGAGAGUGAGACGAGAAGAGAGGAGAGUCGAAAGGAAAAGAAAGAGCCGGUCCCUGAGGAUCGACAGCUUCCACGGCCCUCGGGUGUAAAAGCUGCAGAACUGGCUCCCGUUCCAGACCCAGGGGCCAGCUCUGGAGAACCGGCUCCAGCCGAGGGGAGCCGCGCAGGGGUCUCAGAGCCUCCUGAGGCUGGCAGUCAGAGACCCUCCUCCAGCCUGAUGUGUCUGCCCGACGGCGCCGAGCGGAAGCGUCUGGAGUGGAUGAAGGACUGCGUGCCCUGGACCAAACUCUCCCUGCUGAAUAAGAGGAAGCAGGCGCCGCACGCCAAGACUGCCAGGAGGGGCUCGGUGAAGGCUCUGCCCCCCCUGAGAAUGGACGCCAUUCUGCAGAGCGCUGCCUGGAGCUCACUCAAACAGGUCACCACAGUCACUCUUGAGGACCUGCCCGGCUGCAGCCUUUCUACCCUGUCUGAGUGCACCAAACUGCAGGCCUUGAGCCUGCGGCGGUGCGGGCUGCUGGCCCUGGAGGGCCUCAGUGGGUGCAGGGGUCUCCGGCACAUCGACCUGCAGGAAAACGAGAUCAAAUUUGUGAACUGCAAGGAUCUGAGCAAACUACAGGUCCUGCUUCUGAGUCGGAACCAGCUGACGUCGAUCCAUGGGCUGGAGGACGCCGUUAACCUGGACGUCCUGGAGCUGUCUCAUAACCGCAUCUCUCGCCUCGGUGGUUUGGAGUCUCAAAAGAGACUUCAGAGGUUAUUGAUCGACCACAACCAGCUGAUCAGUACCAGAGGACUGAGCGAAUUGUACACUCUCUUGUACCUCGAUUGUGGAUACAACCACCUCACUAGCAUGGGCGACAUAGAAAACUGUGCUCUCCUUAGCACCCUGAAACUGCAAGGCAACAAUCUCACAGAGCCCCCCAGUCUGAAGAACCACGUCCUGAUGAAGGAGCUGUAUCUGGAUGACAACAUUGUCUCAUCUCUGGACAGCCUGUCGGUCUGCUGGCUUCCUCUGCUGCAGCUCAUUUCUGCGUCUAAGAACAGCAUUACCCAUCUGCCUCCUCUGUCCGACUGCGUGUCUCUGGAAAGACUGGAUAUUAGCCACAACUGCCUUUCAGAACUGGAAAAUGUUUGUCACAGUCUAAAGGGAUGUUCACAGCUCCAAGAGAUUAACCUUUCUGGAAAUCCGUUUCAACAGGAAAGCAACUGGAGGUCCGCUUUGCUUCAGACGGUGCCGGGCUUACGGAGGGUCAAUGGGGAGUGGAUCAGCUCCACAGCGCCCCCCUCAGGCAGGGCAGGCACCCCGCCUCCGGGGAGCUUCCUGGGUUUCUGCCGUGCCCAGCUCCAGCAGCUGGAGAGGGUGCAGCGGAGGCACGAGGCCCAGCUGAGCGCCCCCUCUCCUUUGGAUGUCCCAACGAUCAUCAGCCAGCACUGCGAGGAGCUGCUGCUCUUGGCGGAGGAGCAACGGUACGCUCACGAGUUUGGGGACCUGACGGUGACGGACAGAGCCGAGCCGGUCUCUUCCGGUCGCUGUCUGGACCAGCGCGCGCUUCCUGCUAGCGCCGCUGAGGAGAGCGAGCAGAACGCGGCCGGCGGGGCCUCCUGCAGCCGGGAGACUGAAGGGACCGGCGGAACUCCCAGCUCCGUUCCCGAACCUUCAGCCGGCACCAGCGGAGAGGAUGCAGGGAGUCAAAGAGGUCAUGUGACCAGUGACCGCUGUACUGAUCCACUACAAAAACACGCCAAAGACAAACCGAGCAAGAAGCCCUCUCGAAAGUUUGACCUUAAAAACAUGGCGGCCGUGGUCAUUCAGAGCUUCUGGCGAGGACACCGAUGUCGCCGGGCCGCCGUCCUGAACGCUGCCACGCGGGUCGUCAGGGGAGACGGCGUCGCCGCCGAGCGCGUUUCCGAAGAGGCCCGUCCGGAUCAGUGCCGGGCGGCCACCGUCAUUCAGGCCGCGUGGAAGGGCUAUGUUUUGCGGAAGAGGCUGGCUUCUGCGCUGGCGGCCGUUCGAGUGGCGGAGGCGGACGAGGAAUUUGCGGAAGUCGACAUGGACGAAUUCGCGUUUGACGAGGCCGCUUUGGACAGGGACUGGAUAACCCUGGAUUCCGAGCGCUCGCCUCCCAAAACGCUGCCUUCUCGCGACCGGGCGGCCUGGCCAAAGCCCCCAGUGUACCAGUACACGCAGCGGACUAGUUCAUCUGCGUUGCCGUGGCAGCCCAGACAAGCAUGGCCAGGAGGUGAGAGUGAGAGAGCUGCUCUCUCAGGACGUCGCAGUGUCUCGCCUGAAAUAAUUGAACUCACCCACAGAACGAAGUCACCAUUGGCAUGUGUGUUUGGCCCACCAAAAGAGAAAUCUGAAAAAAUAAUGAAAGAGUGGGGACUAAGUGACAGGUAUACAGCUCAGCUAAUGUUGAAAAGAGCGCAGAAAAUGAAACCGAAGAAGAAGAAGGACAGGAGGUCAGGGGAUCCGGCUGCGUAUCUGGAUUUGUUCAGGAACAGCGAAAAUAAACAGGCCCCCGUCAAGGUACCCAAGAGAAGCCAACCAGAAAAAACUCAGCCCUUCAAAGAUUGUUUUGUAGCUGGCGAGGAGGACUUUGAUGAGCAGAAGAGGAUAAGCAGCGAGUGGACCGACUUGUGGCUGCAGACGCAGGCCAACAACCCCGAUACUGACAGGACCUCCCCAGCUCUGGAGAGUGAACAUUUCCUGCCAGAGAUUGACGUUGACAUUCUGAAUGGACGGAGAGUUCAGCUUGUGAGUGUGUCUGCUCUCCCCCGCUGCUGCCAGGCUGGCCCGGGUCUCCGGGACGGGCCGGAUCAAGAGAGCGGGUCCCGGGCCAGCGCCGCUGCUUUGUCUCCGCCUCGCAGGGAACACAAUCAAACGCGCGCCAGCGCGGCGGGACACGCAAGGAGAGAGGCACCUGCUCCUGUGCAAGCCGCCUCCGGCCCGUCCAAAAAGGAACGCAUCUCCUUCCGGGACAACCCCGUCCAGCUCAGCCUAGGGUGGGGAGGAGGGAAGAAGAGAUCCACACUGAGAAAGUAAAUUUUGUCAGAGAGGAAGAGACGAUGUCAUUUAACAGCGCUGUCCUUUUGUGUGUGUGUGUGUGUGUGUGUACAUGUCUGCGUCCAUAUACGUAACAUUUGUGCCAUUUUGUGUGAAAUGAACAUUGUUUUCAAAACUAUUAAAUUAAUUUAACCGUUUUUCAUUCAAAUUCACUGAAACCUCGUUUUUUAAAAACUAUUUUAAAGCUUCGCUGAAAGUUUGAUUCAUAUUUACUUUAUGAAAAAUGUUAUUGACGAAGGAGUGCAUUAGUACCAAAAAAAUAUGAGUAGUCAUCCCCAAAUUUUAAUUCAAAAUUCAAAAAGUCCAAUUGAGUGUAUAUAAAAAUGGCACUUUGUCUUUGAUUUAUAUUGUGGCUUGGGAUGAAAUAUGUGCAUAUGCAUGAUAACAAAUAACAACGUGUAAGAUCAUAAUAUUUUAACUACCAGCAUAUGGACCAUAUACCCCCAUACACAAAGAUUCCUGCAUUACUUUCUCUUUGCCAUGACGACAGUGCAAGUGAGGUCUAAUAUCAAAGUGCUCCAGUUAAUAUGAAUAGCAUGAAGGGAAAUGUACUUCUCUGUAUACACCAAUACUUGUAUCAGUAUCAUUAGUCUAUUAUUGAUACUUGUAUACCUAUAGUAUAACAGUAUAAUUAAUUCCAAUAUUAUUGAACUUUGUCUAUGUUGUAGGCUACAUUGGACAAUGUAGUGUUGAAUCAACUCCGAUUCAGGAAAACUGAUUCAGUUCUGACUGAAUAAACUUUGCUAGAGUUGAUCCAAUUGUGUUGGAGUGCAUUUAAUACAAUACAUUUUGCUCCAGUAUGUACGAUACGAAAUGGAUGGCUUCAGAUCCAAGAUCCCGAACCAGAUGGAUCAAUUAGAGCUCACAUUCAGAUCAGAAUACAGACAAGCUUCUAAAUGUUGUACUUUCUUUACUGUGAGGGUAUGUAUCUGAUCUAUAACUGGGUGCAGUUAGGAUAUAUAAAUAAUGAAUAUUCACCAAUAAAUUUCGCUUGUGAUUUACUGUUGAUAAAUGGUACACGAAAAGUUGAGAUUAAAGAAAUUAAAUCUCAGAUUUAUGAAUGUGAAAUGCAUAUUUUUGAUGGAACUGUGAAAAUGAUUUAGUGAACAGAUUAGAAGUUGAAUUUAUAACUGUUCAGAAGGGACUGAAUCCAAAGAUAAAAGAUUAGAAAGGAAUUGUAGUAUGCUGCCAAAAAGCAGAGAGAACAAUGCAUAAGAAUUUCACAGUACUUUUACUAAAUCUUCAGUAAAUCUUUAAGAACUGUAUUCAUAUUUUCCAAUUUGUUGAAAUAUAUAUUUUAAAUUUCUAUGUAUUUUAACUCAAAGAACAACAGUGGACCCGUAGAGCAGAACCAUUGCUGGAAUAUUGGAGCAGUUGAUUUUUUUGUGUAUGGUGGGGGGUGGGUGAGGUAUUUGCUGAUCUGUUGCCUGGAAAUAAUAAUGUAAUGAAUUU